AUUAAUAUCCGUGAAAUAUUUACUUAGUAUUGAAUACUUAAUUCAAACAUAUAUCAUCUGCACAUUUUUAAAGCUGGUUUCAAACUAUUUUAUACUAUUAACUAAUAGCGGAGUCAAAGAAUCCCUGAAAAAUUCAAAGAGCAAAACAAUGAGUUCCAAUUACGCUGACGGCCUUUCGCCUUAUGAAAACAAGGGAGUCCUAGGUAUCCCAGAGAGUUUUGACUGCUAUGAUACCGUCAAUAAAAAAUGUGAUGCGUUAGCUCUUUUAAUCAAGGACUCCAGGCAUGUUGUAUUUCACACUGGCGCUGGAAUAAGUACAUCUGCCGGUAUUCCUGACUUUAGAGGCCCACAAGGCGUGUGGACAUUGGAAAAAAAAGGAGAGGUCCCAAAAUUGAACACUUCUUUUGACAAGGCAACGCCAACUAAGACACAUAUGGCCUUGCGAGCUUUAGUAGAAACCGGACACGUGCAGUACAUUGUAUCUCAAAAUAUAGAUGGGUUGCACUUAAAGUCGGGACUCAAUCGCAAAUACUUAUCAGAGUUGCACGGCAACAUAUUUAUUGAGCAGUGCCAUAGAUGCAGACGUCAGUUUGUUCGUUCGACAUCUGUUAAAUCAGUUGGUCAAAAAUCACUAGGAAUCCGCUGUAGAUCAACAGUCAGUGAUGAAGGCCGAGCAUGCAGAUCUGGUUCUUUGCAUGAUAACGUGCUUGACUGGGAACACGAUUUACCAGUGAAAGAUCUCGAUAUGGCUACAAUGCAUUCUACAAUGGCUGACUUAAAUAUAACACUGGGAACAACUUUACAAAUCGUACCAAGUGGGAACUUACCCUUAAAAAAUAUAAAAGGCGGUGGUAAACUAGUUGUAUGUAAUUUACAACCAACAAAACAUGACACUAAGGCGCAUUUAGUUAUCUCAAGUUAUGUUGAUGAAAUACUAUCGAAAGUGUGUCAUUUUUUAAAUGUUGAAAUACCAGAAUAUUCAGAGUCGUCUGAUCCCACCACACUUUCAAGCCUAGUUGAAUGGACUUUACCACUGAAUCAUAUAAAUAUUACUCAAAGACAGUUUAGAGCACAUUUGACAGACUGUGGGAUGCAGUCAAAAGAAAAGAAAAAAACCAAAGUAACUGUAACUGUCCCGGCUUUAUCUAAAAUAAAUGAUUAAAAUAAA